AGCUUCGUGCACCCACACAUCGUCAAGUUCGUGGACCUCGUGAUUGAGGGCGCCAUGCUCUGCAUCGUCAUGCAGUAUCUGGACGGCGGCGACCUGCACCGUGUCGUGGACGGCGCCCGGCAAUUGGGCAGGCAGUUGGACGAGGUCGACAUUUGGAGGUGGUUCCUGCAGGUGGCGAGCGCGCUGCAGUACCUGCACAAGGAGCGGGUCCUGCACCGCGACGUCAAGCCCGCGAACAUAUUCCUCACCUCUGCGGGACGACACGCCGUACUCGGGGAUCUCGGCAUCGCCAAGAUCUUGCCCAGCGUCGAGGCUCGCGCCCUGACCCAGAUCGGGACCCCCGCCUACUUGGCGCCAGAGGUGUGGCAGGGCCGCAGGUACGGCUACGCCGCAGACAUCUAUUCGCUCGGGUGCACCGUGUACGAGCUCGCCGAGCUCCGGAUGCCGUUCACCGCCGAGAACCGUGGGCUGCUCGCCGCGCAGGUCUGCCGCAAGAACAGCAAGCCCAUCGAGGCCCGCCUGGGGUACUCGCCCGAGCUGACCCGCAUCGUGCAGCUCAUGCUCAGCAAAGACCCGAGGGCACGUCCGUCGCCGACGGAGGUCUUCGACUACGCCCAGAGGAUCGCCAAGGGAGUCAGGCCCCGGCAACUCCAGCAGCCCACCCCGGUGGUGAUCGGCGACGGGCUGGUGCCCCAUGGAGCGGGGGGCGGCCCGCGGCCGGGAGGCGGCACUCCUCGAGCCAGCGUGCCAGGCUCCGCGCGUCCCGGG